ACAGACCUUUAGACCGUCCGGUGGUACAUUAGUAAUGUAAUCACUCUGACUGGGCACGCGCGCGGUGUCGAUGUUUAAACCUGUGCAACUCAUACCAUGAUGGUCCGAGCACCGCAUGCGCGCAUGUACACAGACAGGGGCAUAACGAGCUUUUGCAGCGGCGUGAUUGCGGCUUCGUAUUGAUUUGGUUAGUUCUAUUGUACAGCGACAUCAAACAAGAACAUGGCUUCGCGGGUAACACAUGCUCAGCAGCAGUCACAGAGAAACCUAGACGCAAAGAUAAGGCUGUCGGCGAAGAUUCAGCGCAAUAUUGACGACACUGCAUUGCUUGGUAAGCAGCUGUUCAAGGGAGCGCGGGCCACAGAUAUCCUGACACACACGGCAAGAAACUUUGCCAUUCAGGAACAUGCGGUAGACAACUCUGAUGUCAACCUCACUAAGAUGCACCUUCUAUCAGCUCAUCUCCACUGCCAACUGGAAGCGAUAGAAAAGAGUACCUACUCCCUAGAGGGCGUGCGGGACCAUGCUAAAGCGCUAAGUCUUAUGCACUGUAACUCCACGCAGUCUGAUGCAAGCUGAUCGGCAGAGCAACACUGCAAAGUUCAGGCAUGAAGAUGUACUUCUACAUCUGUGCGCGAAAUCUGUGUGACAUGGAGACUGUGUGAUAUGGAGCUAUUAUGUCGGCCGUAAUGGCAUUUGCACUAGAGCGAGCUGUUGUAGCCUGUAUACUAGAUAUUAACACAGCACCCAAAUGAUGCUAGGUACUUGUCAAUUAUACGUGUUUGCAGGUACAGCAAAUUUGAAAUAUAUUUGAGGCCUAGACUUAGGAACCUACUUGGAAUGGUGAAUAUGAGCGCUCCACUAUAAGGUCAUGGAAUCUCUGCUUUUGCUGUGCCGGUCAAUUAAUUAAUACAAGUCUCUUGUGCGCUGCACUGCUGGAUUUAUCAUUUGGGAAUACAGAUAUUGCAGGAUGUA